AUGGCAGGAGAGACGCCUUCUUCAGACUGUUCUCCUGUCAUCGACCACAGCCACGUCCCGGAGUUUGAGGUGGCUCUGUGGGUCAAGAUCACCUUGGCCUUGAUCUACAUCUGCAUCUUCAUCGCGGGCCUCUUGGGCAACAGCGUCACCAUCAAAGUCACCAGGAUCCUGCAGAAGAAAGGCUACCUGCAGAAGGAGGUCACCGACCACAUGGUGAGCCUGGCCUGCUCCGACCUGCUGGUCAUCCUGCUGGGCAUGCCCGUGGAGUUCUUCAGUGCCAUCUGGAGCCCCUUCUCCACCCCCAAUGGCAACAUUGCCUGCAAGCUGUACUACUUCCUCUUCGAGGCCUGCAGCUACGCCACGGUGCUGCACGUGGCCACGCUCAGCUUCGAGCGGUACGUGGCCAUCUGCCACCCCUUCAGGUUCAAGGCCGUGUCCGGGCCCCGCACGGUGAAGCUGCUCAUUGCCUUCGUCUGGGGGACAUCUGUCAUUGUGGCUCUGCCCCUGCUCUUUGCCAUGGGCACGGAAUAUCCCCUGGAGGCCAUCGAGGGCUACCAGAGAACGAGCUCCUGUGUCAAGCCCACUCCCAGGCACUACAUCCCUGAGCUGAAGCACAACAUGACCAUCUGCACCUGCCUCUCCUCCAGGUGGUCGCUGUUCCAGGCCAGCAUCUUCAGCGCCUUCGCUGUGUACAUCGUCGUGCUGGGCUGUGUCACCUUCAUGUGCCACAGCAUGAUGAAAGCCCUGAUGAUCCACAAGAAGGGCACUGUGGCAGUGAAGGGUGGAGUGAAGCACCAGGAGCAGUACCUGAGGAAAAGUGAGAGUUCAGAGGGCAAGAGCUCCAGGAGACAGAUCACUUUAUUCCUGGGACUGAUCAUCGCCACUCUGGCGGUGUGCUGGAUGCCCAACCAGGUCAGGAGGAUCAUGGCAGCCGCCAAACCCAAGCAGGACUGGACCUACCCCUACUUCCAAGCCUACAUGACCCUCCUCCCCAUCGCCGACAUCUUCUUCUACCUCAGCUCGGUGGUGAACCCGCUGCUGUACAACAUCUCCUCGCAGCAGUUCCGCAGCGUGUUCCUGCAGGUGCUGUGCUGCCACCUCACGCUGCAGCACGCCAACAGGGAGCGGUUCCUCAGGGCCAACCAGAGCUCCGAGGCGCGCAGCAGCCGCUCCCUGCGCCCGCUGCUCUUCCUGUCCUCCAGGCGCGGCUCUUCCGCCAAGGGCAACGCCAAAGUUUUCCUGAGCACCUUCCAGAAGGAGCCCACGCCCGGCUGCAGCCCACAGGAGACGGGUUCUGCACCCUCAGAUCGCAGCCUGGAACCCCUCGGGAGCGGCUCAGAGCCCGCUCAGAACGGCCUCUGUGAACACCAAGUGUGA